CCUCAGCGGUAAAGUCCUUCUCCUCGUUCCACCUCAACACAUCCAUACGAGGUAUUGAGCAGCAUACAAAGGCGUCAGAGCAGAGCAGACUCUCGCUUCGGUCACUCGCGAAGCCUAGCUUCACCUUCAUUCCCCUCCUCGCCUCGGCUCUUUGCGGGCUUCACGAUCCUCCUCCCCGCCACCCCUGAUACCCCCUUCAUCUGCCGCCUCCUCCUCCUUCUCGAACGUCUUCGUAUCUCAUCAUGAUGACCGCUCAGUCGAUGCUGCGAAGCAGCACACGGACACUUCGCUUGGCACUUCGAGCUCCAAGCACUUCGACUCCGCUCUCUGCCAGCUCGUCGCAGUUGCCCUCCCUGCGCUCACUCUCUAAAAGCACUGGACCUACCUCCGUAUCCCCCAUCUUCUCGCAAAGAUCGGCUUUGCCUUCUUCCAGCAGGAUCAGUGGUAUCUCACGAUCUUUCUCCUCUUCCUCUUGUCGCUUGACACCCUCACUACCCAGGGAUGGUGAAGACCUUCAAGAAGAAGAGGAAGCCGCCCCGGCACAAGAAGAUGAAAGCACUAAAUUCUCUUCGCUCAAGAAAGUUCUGCACCCAAAGACGUACCAAGCCUUGACCGGCAGUCCUUUCAAUUAUGAAAGCAUGUCAGACGUACAAGUUGCCGUCCUCGGGCAGCUCUCGGACGAGGUUGCAGAGCGGUAUAGAGAAUCGGCAGAGAAGAGUCCAACUGACCUCCUCGUCAAGGCCAAGACCGGCACUGGAAAGACACUUGCCUUCCUCGUGCCUGCGUUGGAGACUAGGCUGCGAGCGAUCGAAGCUGCAGAGAAUGGCUUCUUCUCUCGAGCAGUACUCAAGACCUUCAAAGAUCUAGCUGAAAAGGGCGGUGACCCAGACUUUUCGCGGAUGGACAAGGCCGAGCGCAGACGCUUUGCAAGCAGAGUGUUCCAGAGCCAAACCGUUGGUACUCUGAUCCUUAGUCCGACGCGUGAGCUUGCCGCUCAAAUUGCUCGUGAGGCCGAGAAGCUCGCCUCUAUCCAUCGUGGCAUCAAUGUUCACCUGCUCGUUGGUGGAGAUUCGAAGCGCACACAAUUGUCUGAGCUUCACGCUCGGACAAAGGACAUCAUUGUCGCUACACCGGGCAGAAUCAACGACAUUCUCAAUGACUCCGCCGCUCUCCGGACGGCAAUGAGCUGCGCCGAGACGUUCGUCCUCGAUGAAGCUGAUACCCUCCUCGAAAUGGGCUUCCAGACCGAGCUCGAAAGGAUUCAGACUUUCUUGCCGAUAAAGGACCAGCGACGCAACUUCUUCUUCUCUGCUACCGUAUCCCGCGACAUUCAGCGCGUUGCCGCCCAGACGCUCGACCGGAGCUACAAGAUGAUCGACUGCGUACCAGAGGGGGAAGUGCAGGUUCACGAGAGAAUCCCGCAGUAUGGCCACGUCGUUCCUCCGGAAGAGCACAUGCCCAGGUUGCUGCAGCUGAUUGCUCAAGACCAGCUUCUGCACGGCAGCAGAUCGAAAGUCAUUGUCUUCUGCAACACCACCAAGCAUACUCAGCUAGUAGCACACGCUCGGAAACCCAUGUCCGCUCGUAUCGCGCCUACAGCUCCGACUUUCCAGGGCCUCGAGAUUCACGCCCAGCUAGAGCAGCGGCAAAGAAGUAGAGUCUCCGACGUCUUCAGAAGAACCAGGAGUGCUUCCGUGCUGGUCACAACUGAUGUCUCCGCUCGAGGUGUCGACUACCCCGAUGUGACAAGAGUCAUUCAACUCGGUUCUGCAAAGUCACGAGACACUUACAUCCAUCGCAUCGGUAGGACCGGUCGAGCCGGAAAGGAGGGCAUCGCAGAUCUCAUCCUUCUGAAAGAUUGGGAGGACGGCUGGCCUCGCUUCGAGGGCAAGGAAUUCCCAAUCAAGCCUGUGUCUCACGAUGCCUUCAAGCAAGAGCUGGCACAGUCUUGGGAUAGCAAGGCAAAGGACGAGUCAUCUCAAACGAACCUAUUGACCAGUGCCGACGAGGGGCCCCUCAAGGCACACAUUCUGUCUGAAAUCUCAGAGAGGAUCGCCCCUGCCAUGAUGAAAGCUGAUGACAACAAUGAGAUCAGCGCUCUCCGUGGUAUCUACCUGAGCAUGAUUGGCUUCUACGUGAACCAAUUCCAGACUUUUAGGGUAGACAAGGCUGAUGUCGCUCACGGACUGAGCGAAUGGGCAAAGGGCUCUCUAGGUCUCACUGACGCGGAUGUGCACCUGCCUACCAGGAUCGCCGAGAUGUUCGGCUUGGCACGGAGUGUCAGAGGUGGAGGCAGUUUCAGCGAUCGAGGCAAGGGUGGAGGAAGAUUUGGCGACCGAGAUGGUGGCGGAGGAAGGUUCGGCGACCGAGAGGGUGGUGGAAGCUCAAGAUUCGGAGAUAGUGGAAGCGGCGGCGCAAGGGGUGGAUAUGGUAGCUCGAGAGGCGGAUUUGGUGGCUCGAGGGACAGUGGCUCGAUUCGACCAGGGUUCGGUGCUGGUAGAGAAAACCCCCGCGGACGCACAGCUGGUAGGCCAGGCUACAGCGGGGGCGGCAGUGCAGGCUACGCCGCAAGGAGGGAAGCUGGUGCUGAGCCAUGGUAG